AUCAUCGUUAGCACAUAACAACUAAUACAUUAAUUAUGUCUGUAUAUGACGAUAUUGAAAACGCAACUCCUGACAUUGUCAUUGGAGGAUCUGUUGAACCAGAAGAAGAAUUUCAAUAUGAACACGAAAUAGAAAGUGACAAUGAACACCAAGAAGGUGAAUCAGCUCAAGUUGAAGCUGCUGAAGAAACCAAGACCAAGAAAUCUGUUGCCUUUGCCGGGUUAGACGAAGAAGAAGACGAAGAAGCCGCCAAGAGAGAAUUUGAAGAAGGUGGUGGAUUACCUGAACAACCUGAAAAUCCAGAUUUCUCCCAAAUGACUCCAUUGUCUGCUGACAUUAUCAAUAGACAAGCCACCAUCAACAUUGGUACCAUUGGUCACGUCGCCCAUGGUAAGUCUACUGUUGUCAGAGCCAUUUCCGGUGUUCAAACUGUCCGUUUUAAGGAUGAAUUGGAAAGAAACAUUACCAUCAAGUUGGGUUAUGCCAAUGCCAAGAUUUACAAGUGUGAUAACGAAGAAUGUCCUGCUCCAGAUUGUUACAGAUCCUUCAAGUCCGACAAGGAAAUUAGACCAAAAUGUGCCCGUCCUGGAUGUACUGGACGUUAUAAGUUACUUAGACACGUAUCAUUUGUCGAUUGUCCAGGGCACGAUAUUUUGAUGAGUACCAUGUUGUCAGGGGCAGCCGUUAUGGAUGCCGCUUUACUUCUUAUUGCCGGUAAUGAAAGUUGUCCUCAACCACAAACAUCUGAACAUUUGGCUGCUAUUGAAAUCAUGAAGUUAAAGCACGUUAUUAUAUUACAAAAUAAAGUUGAUUUAAUGAGAGAAGAAUCUGCUUUAGAACACCAAAAAUCAAUCAUGCAAUUCAUUAGAGGUACCAUUGCUGAUGGCGCUCCUAUAGUUCCAAUUUCUGCUCAAUUAAAGUAUAAUAUUGAUGCUGUCAACCAAUUUAUUGUCAACUCCAUUCCUGUUCCAGUCAGAGACUUUUCUGCAUCUCCAAGAUUGAUCGUUAUUAGAUCUUUCGAUGUCAAUAAGCCUGGUGCAGAUGUUGAUGACUUGAAGGGUGGUGUUGCUGGUGGUUCCAUCUUAACUGGUGUUUUCCAAAUUGGUGAUGAAAUUGAAAUCAGACCUGGUAUUGUCACCAAGGAUGAUAAUGGUAAGAUUCAAUGUAAGCCUAUUUUCUCCAAUAUAGUAUCAUUAUUUGCUGAACACAAUGACUUGAAGUUUGCUGUUCCAGGUGGGUUGAUCGGUGUCGGUACAAAGGUGGAUCCUACUUUAUGUAGAGCUGAUAGAUUGGUUGGUCAAGUUGUUGGUGCCAAGGGUAACUUGCCAUCUAUUUACACAGAUAUUGAAAUCAACUAUUUCUUAUUGAGAAGAUUGCUUGGGGUCAAGACCGAAGGUCAAAAACAAGGUGCCAAGGUCCGUAAAUUAGAAGUUGGGGAAGUUUUGAUGGUUAACAUUGGUUCUACCGCCACUGGUGCCAGAGUUGUUGCUGUCAGAGCCGAUAUGGCCCGUUUACAAUUGACUUCUCCUGCAUGUACCGAAGUCAAUGAAAAGAUUGCUUUGUCUAGACGUAUUGAAAAGCAUUGGCGUUUGAUUGGGUGGGCCACUAUUAAAAAGGGUACGACUUUAGAACCAGUUGCCUAAAUGACAUAAUUCUACAUAGGUUUUGUAUUUAUAGUUUCAUUCAUAUCAUUUUACUACAAACAUUU